AAAAAAAGGAAAAAGGAACAAGAAAAGUGCCAUUUAAAAGGGACCUUCUCUUUAGUUGCGGUCCGCUGAUCGUUAAACCAAAGAAGAAGCCAAGAAUCGUCCAAUUCAUCUGCAUCUGGAUCGAAGAAGAAGAAGAAGGUAAAGAAGAAGAAUCAUGGAGAGCACGGGAGAAAUGGUUUCGCUGCCAGUGUUGUUGGAGUCGAAUUAUAGGGCUUCAACCAUUCCGUACCGUUUCCCAUCCGACAAUCCGAAGAAGCCCACCCCCACUGAGCUCUCUUGGAUCAACCUCUUCUCCAAUUCCAUCCCCUCUUUCCGUAAGCGCGCUGAGAGCGAUGAUACGGUUUCCGAUGCUCCCGCCAAAGCUGAAAAGUUUGCUCAGAGGUAUACAGAAAUAUUGGAGGAUUUGAAGAAAGAUCCAGAGAGCCAUGGUGGCCCACCUGAUUGCAUUCUUCUUUGCCAGCUUCGUGAGCAAGUUCUUAGAGAAGUUGGGUUCAGAGAUAUAUUCAAAAAGGUCAAGGAUGAAGAAAAUGCCAAGGCGAUAUCUUUAUUUGAGGAUGUUGUGCGUCUUAAUGAUGCUAUUCAGGAUGAAGCUGAACGUGUUGAGAAUUUGAUUAGAGGGAUCUUUGCUGGUAACAUAUUUGAUCUUGGCUCAGCUCAGCUUGCAGAGUUAUUUGCAAAGGAUGGUAUGUCCUUUCAAGCCAGCUGUCAGAAUCUUGUCCCCCGACCUUGGGUUAUUGAUGAUUUGGACAAAUUCAUUUCAAAAUGGGGCCGCAGAUCAUGGAAAAAGGCUGUAAUCUUUGUAGAUAAUUCUGGUGCGGAUGUCAUUUUGGGUAUAUUGCCAUUUGCAAGGGAGUUACUCCGACAUGGUGUGCAGGUUGUAUUAGCAGCAAAUGACUUGCCGUCUAUCAAUGAUGUAACAUACACAGAGUUAAUUGAGAUAAUAGCUAAGUUGAAAGAUGAGAACGGGAAGCUUCUGGGAGUUGAUACUUCAAAUCUUUUAAUUGCAAAUUCCGGUAACGAUUUACCGGUUAUUGAUCUUACAAGAGUAUCACAAGAACUUUCAUACCUAGCAAGUGACACAGACCUCGUGGUUUUGGAAGGAAUGGGCCGCGGAUUAGAGACUAACCUUUAUGCGCAGUUUAAAUGCGAUUCCUUGAAGAUUGCCAUGGUGAAGCACCAAGAGGUUGCACAGUUUCUUGGAGGACGGCUGUAUGAUUGCGUGAUAAAGUACGAUGAGUUUUUGGAUUAUCAACAUAUUCGUCAGUCCAACUAAAUGUUGAAUCGAAUGAACACAGCCAGCCACUCUUACUGUUGUUCUCAGCCGUAGAAAUACAACAUAUUUUUGACAUUGUUGUACUGGUCAUUCUAUUUCUUUUUUUUCCUGGAAUAUGUCAACUCAUUGUUAUAUGCAUUACCAGAAUGCUUCAUUGUGCUAUCUUUCUCGCAUCCUACUGUCAACAUUCCAAAUAAAUCUAUAUAACUUUUGUGUGUGAAAAA